AUGAAUGAAUAUUGGUACUUUACUAAUGAAGAGAUUCGAUUACGAGCAACCGGAGUACUAUUUCUGCUAGGCGUUGGUUCAGUCAUCUGCUACAAGUUGUAUAAGCAGUACAAGCGUAAGCUCUCUGGGACAAAAGGCCAGAGUAAGAAGAGAAGGCGCCACUUGUCAGACUGCGAGGCACAGGAGGAAGGAGGGGACGAAGAGAAGCUGCAGGACGUGCACGUUGUUAAGAAGCCCAAGAUUAACGAGCAGGCACGUUGUAGACAUGCUGUAAAGGACAAGGUGUACAUCCAUGAGAGAUGCUCAGAUGAUGACUCCAGCAGUACCCUUAGUUAUCUUGAAGCUGAUGACGUGAGCGUCUGUAGUGGUUUGUCAUGGUGCGACUCAGAGUUUGAUAUGGGAAACCAACCAGGCCAUCCGGACACUCAGGCAUACUAUAGCAAACAGAAUGGCAUCUCCCUGUCGCCGCAGCACAACUCUGAGUAUCUGCGCUUCAGCGCUUCCCAGCGCUCUCAGGAAUCCGUUGAGGUGCUAGGACGAGGAAGCAGGGGAGGAGACCGCGUCCCGGCGACGCGCGGCGGAGGCGGCGGCAGCUCGCAGGCGAGCAGCGACGCGGACGACGCGCGCUCGGAGUCGUCGUGCGCGCUGCCCGCAUCGCCGUUCUCGCUGCCCUGCUCGCCCGAGUUCUACGACGACUUCUCGUGCUCCUGCUCGAAGGAGUGCAGCCCCGCGCGCGAACUCUCCUCGGCCGAGCUCCACCGGCUGCUCGACUGCGGAGUCUUCCCGGCCGACCUGCAGCGGAAGCUGCUCGGCAGCAGGGACGGCGGCGGCGGCGGCGGCGGGGCGCGGCCCGCGUCGCCCGGCUCGAUCACGUCGGAGUUCAUGGACGAGCUCAUCGAGGACGACUUUGUCACGGCGCCAUCGUCGACGUCGUACGACCGGCUCGACGGUCAGGUGCAGAGCCUGAAGCACGAGGUGCUCGACCUCGACGUCGACAUGGUCGAGCUGAAGUUGAAGCGCUCCCUGCGCGACCACGGCGACGCUGCGGCGCUGCGGGGACGCGCUGCGCCGCCGGGCGAGACGUCGCUCGAACGCUACCUGAAGAGCGCGCUGCUCAUUGCCGAGCGCUACCAGGGCGCGCUGCAGCAGGAGAUGUCGACACGCGAGGGUCGCGCGGGGGGCAGGCACGCGAACCCGAGCGGCGGGUACGUGAAUCAGCAGAGCGGCGUUACGGCACUACCUAGUGGGCGUGCUGGUACGCCCGAAGAGAUUCUGAGAGACGUGCUGGGUGGUCAUGCAGAUUUGCCAACACAAACGGUGCAGAGGCGCCGUUCUGGAAGCCUGGGCAGGGGGAGCCCUGUAUUCCAACAGGUGAUGCUUAAUGCUCGACAGGGCAGCCCAUCAAGACAGCUAAUUAGCAGCCCAACUCAUCAGAGAUCUGGUGGUCAAGCGUCGGCCCUUGUCCACUCCACCUCUGAUGGCUCUCUGAGAGCUUCGGCAAUGCGGUCUCCUUCACGCAGCUCACCGAUGUUGCGGAGGAGGAGAUCUUCAGGCACACGCGCAGGAUCCACGUCUAGGAUGGUUAGCAGCGAAGGCAGUGAGACAGGAAGCGUAGCCAGCAGCCGCUGUAGGUUUUUUCUGGAUGAGGAAACACAGAGCAUUCAGCUGGAGUGGGACGAGGAUUACGAUGGGCUGACUGACUUGCCCGAGGAUAAUUUUGAUGAUCUGCUCUCCAGGUUUCUGAUGAAGGAGGACUCUACUGGAAGCGACACUGUAGAAAGCUAUCAAAAGCAAGUGAUGAUAGUCAAUAGUUUACUCUCAUCGGAGUCGAAAUGCCACGUGGUUCCAAACAUGGUCAAGAUGGACAGCUUCGAUAUGGACCCCAUGUACAACGCAGAUUAUUUUCAAACCCUGCACGACCUGAAAACUGUAGACGCUAACAGCCGAGCGGUGGCGGAAGAAUGCAGCUACGAUAUGAGUUGUGACGACGAGGACGAGGACCCGCCGGCUAUGGUGAUGGAAGAUAGUACUGGCUACUAUCAAACCGUAAGAAACCUCAGUGAUAUCGAUAGCGAAACCGAGAGCGAAAAGUGCGACGGCACGGGAAGCGAGUGCAGCGACGGCGUCGGCGACGGCACUCGCGACGCGACUUUUCGCAUCAACGGCAGCGACAGUGACUGCGAGAACGGUGAUUACACCGUGCAGGCCGACUCACGUCUGCUCUGCGGUGGCUGUGGCGGCGGCGGCCGGGACGCCAGCAUGGCGAGCAGCCUCACCGAGGGGUCGACCGACCCCAUGAUGGACUCGGCGAUUAGCAUCACGUACUCGGACGACUCGCGCACGUCGACGCUGCUGCGACGGUCGCACGCGCGCCGCACGUCGAUGACCGACUCGGCCGUGAGCGUCGCGAGCCGCGAGGCGGACGUGCCGCCGCUGCCGCAGCGGCGACCGUGGCGCCACCACUCGAUGACGGCGAGCGUGACGUCGGACUCGCUGACGUCGGACUCGACGGCGAGUCUGGAGACGGUGACUGCGCGGUCGGCGGGCGACGGCGUCGAUAAGCGAUGGUCGACGGGCAGCAUGUUCGGUGAGUACGCCGGCCUCGUCACCGACAGACUCCCCGAGCAGAACACGCCGAGAUCCGCCGACGCAGACGACGACGCGAGUCUGCUGAUAUGCGAGGUCAAGCAUCGCUGCCUUCCAACCGACGAUAGCUCAACAGAUCUUGUUCAUAAUAUAAAUGUGACUGGCAAGAUGAGUCUAGCUGACUACAUGGCUACUGUCUGCACAAUGGAGGAAUUGGCAAUCAUGGAUCCAAACACUCAUGAAGGCUAUACCAUGAUGUCAACACAGCUGGGUUUCAGUCAUGUGCAACCAAUUCGCAAGGAUGGCUUUGCUCCAAUCUGUGCUUGUUUAUUUCAAAUGGUUGCUACUGAUGUACCCUUACUAAGCAGAUUCUCCAGGCUAGACAAGACAUUUAAGGAGGUAGAAGACUUCAAUUGGUUAGCAAAAUGGAAGUUUGAUAGCCAACUGGCACUGGUGGAUAAUAACGUCAGCACAACUCUGAAGCAUUGCCUUUAUUCACUGCAGAGAUUGUCCAAAGUUCGGACCAAUUCAAGUGGAAUUCAAGAAGCGGGUCUCAUAGAAUUCUUCAAUAGCAACCAACAGAUGGUGCUGGAGUCGUUUGAGGCUGUGAAACUGCUCAUGUUAGUAGAUGCGGUGCGUCUACAGGCUGCCUGGCAGGUGGGACAUGAUGUGCCAACGUUUUAUUGGUGCCUGUUUGGCCGGGAGACGUCAUGUGAUCCUGAGCACUUCAUGAUGAAUCAUCUCAACGGUCUUGGCAAAGCCAAAUGCUUGCAACCUGUGGAAUUGAGCUUGCUUGCAUACACUCUGUGCAUCAGAUUAAGGGUUAUCCGGCCACAGAUGGAUAGAACAGAGGAAUACGCCGCGAUUUACCCUGACUUUGGUGAUGAUCAACAACCAAUGAUUAACUUGCUAAAAGAGAACGAAAGCAGCUUCCUGACAUUACUUCCAUGAAGUACUUGCUAUAUGAGAUUACUUACUGUGAAAUAUAGAGCAAUGUUAAAAUAGACAAUCACCAAUCUAUGGAGAAUUGUGACCCCCGGGGGGGGGGGCACUCCAUAUAUAUUACAUGGUAGGUAUGUGCCGCGGGAGAGAUUUUUACAUUUU